AUGGCGGAACCCGAGGAGCCCGAGGAGCAAGAUGCGGGUGAAAACAAGGUCGAUGCCGAAAGAUUUUUGGAUUGGAAAUACAGUGAAAUAAGGCAAAUAAUGCUCAAAGCACUGGAGGAUGGAGAUGUUCCAGUCGAAUAUGGGACGACAAUAGGCCCAUUCGCAGUUUAUGAAAUUUUGUGUCAAGACUUUGGUCUCCAAUGCGAGUACACCGAUACAUUCACUCGCCAUCUUCGUGAGCUGACUACAUAUGUGGUUGAUUGCAGUGAUCGAUCUAAAAAUGAUGAAGACGCCUACAACAAUUUCUUGGCUAACCAUCCUCGAUCUGAAUUCGAUUCAAUGGGAAGGCCUCGAUGGGAAGGAUCCGAGGCGGAACGAUUAAUGAAAGCAGAUAUGGCGGAUGGCACCCACAAGACUUUUAGUGCCCCCAAGCUCUUCUACGAAUCGCGAGAUGAGUAUCAACAAUUCAGUUUGACGGUGUUCCGAGGGCACAUCGAUCAAGAAAUCAGAUUGCAGAAUUAUUUUUCCUUUUUGAAAGAUAAGGAAGAAAAGCUUGCCAAAAGCACAGCCAAGGCGAGGGAGACGGCCCAGAAGAAGCUAGAGGCGUUUAAGAAGAAGGAGGCGGAAAAGAAGAAGAAAGAGGCGGAAAAGAAGAAGAAAGAGGCCGCGAAGGAAGCAACCAAAAAGAAAAGGACGUCAACACGAAGACGAUAG